CAGCUCUGACACAUGUYUUUCUUCAACAGUUUACAUGGGGUCAUGGUUUGAUCAUSUUAAUGAGUAUUCCGCAGCACGGAACCAACUGAACAUCCAUUUUGUGCAGUAUGAGAACMUGUUGAAGGACCUCAGAGGGGAAGUUGUGAAGCUUUGUGCUUUACUUGGACAAGACUUGACAGACGAAGCAAUCGAUCGUGUUGUGGAGAUGUCCACCUUCAAAAACAUGAAGACCAACCCCAAUGCAAACUAUAUGGAAUUAAUUGAAAGAGAACGCUACAAGAAGGAAACCAUGCGCAAAGGGGUGGCAGGUGACUGGAAGAAUCACUUCACAGUGGCCCAGAAUCAGCGUUUUGACAAAGUCUUCAAAGAAAAGAUGAAGAACUUUCCUCUGACCUGCAUCUGGGAGAUGAGUCAGUAGCUGCUCUCCAAUUCAGCUCAGCUCUUUACUGCAGAGAUUGAUUUUCUCCCUCAGUGAUCCACACUGCAACUGCUUUUCACCAGCACCAGCACUUCCACUUCUGCUGUCACAGAAAAGUUCAAGUUUAUCUUUCAAAAUCGUUCCGCGAACAUAACCAUUAUAUACACAUGGUCUUUGUGGUGAUUUUAUUCCUCUUGUCUAGCCAGGGCUUUGAUGAGCU